GCUACUGGUACUAGCAAAACCUCCUCCCCUCCUUCGCUUCUCCUGUCGUGCUGCAGCAGCAGCAGCCGGACUCCUCCCCCCUUGGCCGCCGCCGCCGCUCUCCUGAAUCCCAACGAAUUUUAGCCGGGAAACGCUUUAUUCUUCAGGCUACCUUGUUGACUGCAUCCACCGCCGCUGUUCCUCGCCGCUGCUUUGGAUUCCGCUGCCGUUGCUUCGUCUCCCCCUCUCUCGCGGCGGAAGAGGGGCGGAGGUGGCACUAAUGAAGAGGCUAGUAAUGGCGUCUUCAGGUGGUCCUGUCAUGGGUCCUGGCCGUCGUUCUCGGCUCAGUCCACGGCCAUGUGCGGCGGCAAUGGGGAGAGCAGGUGCCCCCGGAGUCGCGGCCGCACAGCGUCACCAUUACCGAGUUCGGCGCCGUAGGGGAUGGUAGGACCCUGAACACCCUGCCCUUCCAAAACGCCGUCUUCUACGCCCGGUCCUUCGCCGACAAGGGCGGCGCGCAGCUGUACGUCCCCAAGGGUCGAUGGCUCACCGGCAGCUUCAACCUCACCAGCCAUCUCACCCUCUUCCUCGAGAAAGAUGCCAUCAUCGUCGGCACGGAGGUUAUGGAUUUAUCCGGGAAACGCCAAUGUAGUUCGAUUGUGCUCUUUGUUGGCACGCUAGACGGCAGAGGAAAUUCUAUGCAAAUACCCGAUCAGCAGGGUUCAAGUUGGCUGGAGUCCUCGCAAUGGCCAAUUGUGGAACCUUUGCCAUCUUAUGGCCAGGGACUAGACCUUCCAGGUCCUAGACAUUGUAGCUUAAUAAAUGGAUACAAUUUAACAGAUGUUGUUAUUACUGGGAAUAAUGGACUUAUCGAUGGCCAGGGCUUAGUAUGGUGGGAUUGGCUUCGCUCUCAUGAACUAAAUCAUAGCCGCCCUCAUCUCGUGGAGUUUCUGUAUUCUGAAGAAAUUGUGAUAUCAAACUUGACAUUUUUGAACUCACCAGCCUGGAGCAUACAUCCAGUGUACUGCAGCAAUGUAAAGGUUCAUAACGUCACAAUUAAGACUUUGUUGGAUGCUCCACUCACUGAUGGCAUAGUUCCAGAUUCAUGUUUGAAUGUCUGCAUCGAAGACAGCACCAUUAGUGUCAGUCAUGAAGCCAUCUCAGUGAAAAGUGGGUUGGACAAGUACGGCAUUUCUAUCGGAAGGCCAACCUCGGACAUUCAUAUCAGCAGAGUGGAUCUUCAAGCGUCAUCUGGUGCUGCACUUGCAUUUGGCAGUGAGAUGUCCGGUGGGAUCUCAGGUAUUCAUGCUGACCACCUAAGGAUACAUGGUUCUGAUAAAGGGUUCUCUUUGAAGACCACCCCUGGUCGUGGAGGUUACAUAAAGGAAGUGAUCAUCUCAGAUGUAGAAAUGGAUGGUAUCCGUGUGGCCAUUGAAUUCAUAGGUAAUUUAUCAAGCCAUCCAGAUGAUGAUUUUGAUCCGUCUGAGCUUCCGGUGAUUGAUCAAAUCACCUUAAAGAAUAUGGUGGGAACAAACAUCUCGGUUGCAGGAAUUUUAUUAGGAAUUGACAGUGAUCCAUUUACUGCGAUUUGCCUUUCCAAUCUCAGUUUCUCGAUAACUGAUUCGCUCCAUUCUAGUCCCUGGUCUUGUUCCAAUGUUUCUGGAUACUCGGAAUCGGUCUUGCCUGAGCCUUGCUCGGAACUGUAUGCACCAUCCUCAAAUUCUUCAAUUUGCUUCUCCCUUCCUAGUUACAGUGCACUUGAUGUGGCAUAGUCACAUAUAUAUUCUUGUGUUCAUACUUCGCUUUUCUUGUCGCAGUCCUUGUACAAUUCAGAAACAUUAAACCUUCACCACCAUAUUUUUUCUAUUUUUUUCCCAAUAAAUGUGUCAAGAAGAAUCAUAUCAGGGUACACCACAAGAUGCAUAAUGAUCAUGAGGAAGAAUCAAGUGGGGUUGUGGACAGCUAUGUGCUUGCUUGUACAGCUACAUUUCUUCAUUCAAUCAGUAAGAAAUUUUCUUUUUGAUA